AUGGCGAGCCACGUGUCCGACGAACUAGACACCACACCUACCAACACCCAGAUCGCCUUUUGCCAGUUCAAGACGAUCAACUACAUCACGCACACACUUCCUCAACAGUGUCUGACAACUAGCUGGCCAGGCAGCAAGGCUAUCAGCGAUGGCUCGACACCAAUAAACGACAGCACAAGACCGCCUCCCGACAAUUCCCUGAAAACUACGCCGAGCGCUGGAGAUACCGUGGUCGCUGUCACCGACGUGCCGACAUCUGACCGGACCGGUAACGACAACCCAAAUCCGUCUCUCACGGAGACCGCGACCGACGAUGAAGUCACACCGAGGCCUUUCAUGUCCUUUGAAGAAUGGAAGGAGAUGAUGCUCCGCAAGGCUGGCCAAGACCCUUCGGAACUCAAGGCCCGGAAAACAGUUGAGCGCGCGACUGAGCAUGACAGAGCAGCCAGGAGUUCGGGCCUGGACAGUCUCGGUAUCGACGAUGGGGAGAUUGACCUGAAUUUCGAUGUUGUGUCUGAAAAGAUCAGCAAUAUUGCAUCAGCACCCCAAGCCAUCCCGACAGACGUGGCAACUUCAGAUCAACAGCAAGAGCCUGUUCUUUACGACGACGGCAGGACGCAGUACUAUCGGAGCAAAGAUGCUGGAAAGACCUGCAAGGAAAGGUUUUCAUACUCGUCUUUCGACGCAGGCGCAACGGUUCUUAAGACCAACAAAGGGGCAAAGAAUGCCAAGGCCAUCUUGGUUGAGAACAAGGACUCGUACAUGCUACUGGAAUGCUCUGCGGGAAACAAGUUCGUGAUUGUUGAGCUUAGUGACGAUAUUCUGGUUGACACCGUUGUGCUGGCCAACUUCGAGUUCUUUUCCAGCAUGGUACGGCACUUUCGAAUUAGCGUGAGCGACAGGUAUCCUGUCAAGGUUGACAAGUGGAAAGAUUUGGGCACAUUCGAGGCCAAGAAUUCGCGGGACAUCCAGCCCUUCCUUGUGCAAAACCCCUUGAUCUGGGCCAAAUACGUCAGGAUAGAGUUCCUGACCCACUACGGCAAUGAGUUCUAUUGUCCUGUCUCAUUAUUACGUGUACAUGGCACGCGAAUGCUAGAGUCAUGGAAGGACCAAGAGACGCCGAUUGAAGAAGAAGAAGUGGUGGAAGAGCCUGUCGGCCAGUUGCCUAGCUCUGCCACCAACGCCGAGACGGGAGACAAUACAACAUUUGCCCCCCCAAGAGGAGGAUCAUCAGAUUUGGCAUCUGACACCACACCAAACCUGCUUAUGCCACGCCACAUCUUCUCGCCUCUGGAUUGGGAGAACCCGACUUGCCCUCCUUUGAUGCCACUGCCACAUUCAGAAACAAGGCCAUUAGACCCAGAACUACAGGCCAGCGAUCGUGCAAAGUCAGGCUACCAACCAUCCACGUAUGAUCGAAUUCGGGGCGGAGAUCCUGCCAAACGUACCUCAGAGGACAGGUCGGCAUUUGCCCCUGCAAACCAAACAGAUCAGAUUGACGAACCAUACACUUCAUCCUCGGCGAAGUCUGUUUCUGCAGGUGCACACCAAAGCAGCAUAUACACCGACCCAAGGCCAGGAGGAGGAGACACUGCGAUGUCGGGCACGUCUUCCACUAAGACAGCACAAGCCACCGUCCAGUCCCGAAACAAGAACAACUCAACGGCAGCGCCUGCAUCCCCUACUGUCCAAGAGAGCUUCUUCAAAGCCGUUAGCAAGCGCCUCCAGUACUUGGAGUCAAAUGUGUCACUGUCGCUCAGGUACAUUGAGGACCAAUCUCGCUACCUACAAGAGAUCCAGAAAUUGGCCGAGAGGAAGCAGUUGUCUAGAAUUGACAUCUUCCUGGAUAGUCUCAACAAAACGGUACUCUCGGAACUGCGAACCGUUCGCCAGCAGUAUGAUCAGAUAUGGCAAUCGACUGUCAUUGCGCUAGAGAGCCAGCGGGAACAGUCACAGAGGGAAACCGUUGCACUUAGCUCUCGGCUCAACAUUCUUGCCGACGAAGUUGUUUUCCAGAAGAGAAUGGCUAUCGUUCAGGCCAUUCUCCUGCUAUCAUGCCUCAUUCUCGUUAUCUUCUCCCGAGCAAUGACACAACCUAUCCUAGCUGGUUCUUUUGAUCUCGGUCGAACCUCGAACCUGAACCAUCCUGAGCCUGGCAUAUCACCAGAACCUGUUGCUCAGAACACAUACACCUCCGCAUAUGACAAUUUUGGCCGGCCGUGCGAUCAAGAAGGCCAUGGUGGAAGAGGCUCACUAAAGGGGGAUUCUGGCGCGUUGCAAAACUUGCCGGGCACGCCAGCAAGGCUCCUCACGCCGGCAUCAGAAGAUGGUUACAAUUACGGACCCCCAGAGAGCAACCAAUGUGGCCCCACUAGGAUCAUGAUGCCGCAAACACACCUAGUUGAUACAAUCCCCGAGGAUGACUCUGCUGAUAAUUACCGAGGCUCAUCCUUGGACUUUGGCGAGCAUUGUAUCGCCGAAGAGACGACCCUAACAUCGAAUAAUGUAAUGCAGCAUGGUCGCGGGUUUUCACCCCAAAAUCCACUUCAUUCGGCUGGAGUCCUCCUAGACUCGCCACUAGAGAGAGAGGCUGAGGCUCGUUUACCAAACCAACCUCUUGGGAUCGUCUCAUCCGCAGUUCGCAAACCACUCCCAGCAUUACCAGAGUAA